GAUUACCAAUCAUUUGAUUCUGAAUCGUCAGUAUACAUUUUCUAUAUUUGAUUCUUGAUUAUCCAAUUCUGCCCCUACCUUCUUCUUCAAACCAACCACCCUCUUCAUUUCUCUUCAUCUUUCUCUGCCCAUCAUCAACCCAUAUAAGUAUAUAUAUAUAUAUAGCAUGUGGAUGUACAUGAACUAGAGAAAUAAAGGGUGGAGGUUCAAAUAAAGAUACAUUUCACGUGGAAGCAGUAUUUGCUUGAAGGAUUGUCAAGGCUGUAGCAAGAAAUCCAAGCUUGGGUUGAUUCUUGACUCGUGCUUCCAAUGCCUGAAUACAUCGUGGAUGGAUCAAACGUUGAGAAUCUCGCCAAGGAACAAGGGGGGCAUUACGUCCCUCGCAAAGCUUUCAUUGAGAGGUCCCCAAGAAGUCCAUUGACCGCACACAGUCCGCCCUUGAGCACAAUGAGUUCUGAGAGUGACUCUCUUGAUCUAGCCAUUGAUGGGGGUGCUGACACAUCGAUCGAACAACUGUAUCACAAUGUAUGUGAGAUGCAGAGCUCGGAUCAGUCACCUUCAAGGCGUAGUUUUUUAUCAUACGGUGAAGAGUCAAGAAUUGACUCUGAGUUGCGGUUCCUUGCUGGAGGAGAUUAUGGUGUGGCCGAGAUAAAAAAGGUCGUGCCUGAGCAAAAUGGAGGAGAUAGCUCUCCUGAGGGGAACAAAGUGUAUAAACAUGAGAAUCCUGGAGACAGAAAUAAGGUCAAAUCUUCCGUUAUUAAGUCGGAAGCCCCGCGAAAGGUUACUUUGAGAAGCAAAACUUUAAAUGGGAGGCCUCCAAAUGGGAAGCAGAGUGUCAAGGGUUUGAAAAAAAUGGGUACUGUUUCUUCCAUGAAAAUCGAGAAGAGCCCUCCUACAUUGCAGAAUGGAACAGAGGAACAUGGUGAAUCAGGAUAUCUUGGACCGUAUUUACUCAAACAGGCUAGGGACAUGAUAGCAUCGGGGGAUAAUAUACAAAAGGCUCUUGACUUGGCUCUUCGAGCAAUGAAAUCUUUUGAGAUUUCAGCAAGUGCAAAGCCCAAUUUAGAUUUUGUUAUGUGUCUACAUGUUGUGUCAGCAUUAUACUGCAGGUUGGGGCGGUACACUGAGGCAAUUCCCGUUCUUGAGAGAUCCAUUGAUAUUCCUGAUAUUGAUUUAGGCCACAAUCAUGCUCUUGCUAAAUUUGCAGGGUGCAUGCAGCUUGGUGAUACUUAUGCAAUGCUUGGGCAGAUUGAGAAUUCCAUACUGUUUUAUACUGCAGGUUUAGAGAUUCAACGGCAAGUCCUUGGAGAAAAAGACCCUCGAUUUGGUGAGACUUGCAGGUAUCUGGCUGAAGCCCAUGUUCAAGCUAUACAAUUUGAUGAGGCUGAGAAGCUUUGUCUGAAGGCUCUUGACACCCAUAAAGCUAAUGGGUCAUCAGCUUCUCUGGAGGAAGCGGCAGAUAGGAGACUUCUUGGGCUUAUUUGUGAUUCUAAAGGAGACUAUGAAAGUGCACUUGAGCAUUAUGUUCUUGCUAGCAUGGCUAUGGCUGCUAAUGGCCAAAAUGAGGAGGUGGCUGCCAUAGAUUGCAAUGUUGGGGAUGCAUAUUUAUCUAUGGCACGAUAUGAUGAGGCUAUUUUUGCUUAUCAAAAAGCUCUCAAUAUGUUUAAGUCAAGUAAAGGAGAGAAUCAUCCAUUGGUGGCUUCAGUCUUUGUUCGUCUGGCUGAUCUGUACAACAAGAUUGGAAAAUUCAGUGAGUCCAAAUCCUACUGUGAAAAUGCUCUUCGAAUUUAUGCUAAGCCGACACCUGGAAGCCCCUCAGAAGAGAUUGCCAGUGGUUUGGUGGAUAUUUCUGCUAUAUACGAGUCCAUGAACGAGCAUGAUCGGGCACUACAGUUACUACAAAAGGCCAUAAAAGUAUACGCCAGUAUGCCAGGACACCAGAGCAUAAUUGCGGGAAUUGAAGCUCAAAUGGGGGUCUUGUACUACAUGCUGGGGAGUUAUUCUGAGUCCUACAACUCUCUGAAGAAUGCCACACAAAAGUUUCGUUCAGCGGGAGAGAAGAAAUCUGCCCUGUUUGGUAUUGCUCUGAACCAAAUGGGCCUUGCCUGUGUGCAACUUCUUUUGAUAAAUGAGGCUGCUGAUUUGUUCGAAGAAGCUAGGACUAUUCUGGAGGCUCAAUGUGGACCCUACCAUGCUGACACCUUAGGAGUUUACAGCAAUCUUGCCGGAACCUAUGAUGCAAUGGGCAGGACUGCUGAUGCAAUUGAAAUCUUGGACUACGUUGUUGAGAUGAGAGAGGAGAGGCUUGGAACAGCAAAUCCUGACGGUGAAGAUGAGAAACGGAGAUUGGCUGAGUUGUUAAAAGAAGAUCAAGAUCACUGGAAACAUUACUUGUCAAGAACUCUCACACCAUUACACCUUACGAAGUUGAGGUGUCGUGAAAAUACUCAGAUUUUCUUUCUUUUUUCGGGUUUCUCUCUUCUUUUUUAUUUUUUCUAAAUGUACAAGUUGAUUACACAGGUUUUAGUUGUGGGGUUGCCUUACAUAUUCUGUUUACAGAUGUGAGUAGUGGAAUGUAAAAGAAAAUAACAAUAAAGAUAAAGACAAUGUUGUAAGAGACUAUGUGGUGGUCUGUCAAUUUGUGCCUGUGUGCUGUAGCUUUCCCUCCCCAUGUCUUAAAGGGGUUGAUGAAUUCCUUUGUCGCUGUCCUGAAUGUAUACCUUCUGGUUUAAUGAAUUAAAGAUGGGAUUUCUUUUUCGUA